AUGGCUCUCCAACAGUGCAAGGAACUGCCUCCAGGCUUCGAGACGAUCAAGGACGUGCUCGACGGCAAGUGCUCGGCGGGACGUCUUGUCGACGUCAUCGGCCUUGUGACAGACUUUAGGGCGCCAGUAGAGACGAAGGGGACAGACUGGAAAUGCCAGAUUCGACUGUACGACCAGUCUGUCGAAGACAGCGUGGAAGAUUCGCUGUUGCUCAAUGUAUUUCGUGCAGAAAGCGACAUGCCCACCGCCAGGUGCGGUGAUGUAAUCAUGAUAUUCAAGGCCAAGGUUCAAAAAUUCCAGUCAAUGUAUUUCUCUCUAUGUUCCAAUUGGUCGACAUGCAUAUAUGUAUUCGAAGCCAGCAAGAUCCCCAGGCCUCCUGAAGAUCCGUCCAAUGCGUUGCGACCUUUCAGUAAGAAGGACGCCUCUCGCCUGACAUCACGAACAGAGAAGGCGUUUGUGUCUCAUCUCUAUCACGCAAUCAACAAGGAAAGAGUUCCAUCAGUCGACCAUUUCGAAGCCAUGUCAGUGAGAUCGGUCAACAUCAAAAACAAGUUCAGGGAGCUCACGGACGUCCGAGAGCAUAACUUUGUCAACACGGUUGCUCAACUCGUGCGGGAGCCAUACGACCUGGGUGACAAGAUAACUCUCUGGGUGUCGGAUUACACCGAGAAUCAUUCCUUCUACCACUUCUCGUUCAGUGGUGGCAAGGACGAGAGUGGUCGAGUCGGGGAUCCAUACGGCUACCUAGACAAGUAUUCCACGAAUCGUCAAAAGCCCGACUGGACUGGACCGUUCGGGAAGCGAAGUAUGCAGAUCACCUGCUUCGAACCUCAUACGACGGCUAUCCGGGAGCAGAAAAUUUCCAACGGAUCAUGGGUCGAUUUACGAAACGUACAAAUCAAGUUUGGCCAUAACGCAAGCAACCUCGAAGGCUUUCUCAGAGGAGAGGGCCUGGCUCCGAGCCAGAAACUCAACAUCCAUCACCUGGAUCCCACAGAGGACCCAGAGUCGAUAAGCCCGCAGCUCAAGAAUGCGAUACGUCGCAAGCGGGACUAUGAAAAGCUCAAGAAGUCUCAGCUGAAGGAAAUAUCCGAGGCUGCAGCGGCCGGGUUGAAACGGAAGCAAGGACUGGAAUUGGACUCUGGGAAGCCGAAGAAGCCGAACUCCAAAGCGCGGCGGGCGGCGGCGCGGGCGGCCUCUCAUGCAAAACGCACUUCGUCCGAGGCGAACACGUCUAGCCUCUCGGUUGCGAUCCCAGAUCUCAAUACGCAAGGUGAUUUUUUCAUUCUCUUCCGUUGCUCCAAAAUCUCCCCGCUGACCAAAACAGUUAAAUGUGAGCACGGCGGCAAGGGAACAAGUUUCGUGGCGGAGAUGAUGGAGCUGGUGUAUCAGGACACGACCAUCAACGGCGCGCCAGUCAAGCUGCAGCUCCCAUUCAUCAACGCCAACUUCCGAACCAACGUCCGUGUUGUCGACUUCAUGCCCUCCGAUUUACGGGGCUUUUCCCGCCCCAAGCGGAAGAAGAAGGCUGAAUUUCAAUGUCUCUCGGACCAGUCCGAGUCGGGCACCGAUACGGAGACGGAUGAGGAAAUAUCAAUGCAAAGCGACGCCGCAACGGACUGGGAAUGGAGAUUUUACUUGCAGUUGGAGGACGCCGUGGCUCCCCACGGGCAACAGAAAAAUCGGUUCUGGGUCUUUGUGGACGACCAGGCCGCUCAGUGCAUGGUGGACUUGGACGCAGCCGACUUGACAGUCGAUCAAGAGCGUCUCGCCCUCUUGCAGCAACGGAUGUUCAUCCUGUGGGGCGACCUUGAGGAGUACAAGAGCCGGCUGGAGAAAAGAGCAAAGGCAGCCGGACAGGCACCGGAAGAUAGCGACGAGGAGCAUAAAGGGGGGCACGACGGUUCCCCUUUUUCUAACCGCCCCUUUUCUUGUUGCAUCCGUCAGUACGGCGUCAAGUGCAUUGAGCAAAAGGCAUGCAGGGCGGACGCGGGAGAGGGGAGACGAUGGCAACGCAUGUUUGCCCUCUUUGGCACCAAAAUCGCCACGUCAUGA